GUCUUACCAGACUUGAAUAUUGUCUCUUCUUAUUUUCCUAAUCUCGCAAUUUCCACCCAAAAACAAAUCCAAUUGGAUCCCGAUUUCGAUGCUUCUUAUAAAUACCAACAACAACUACCUCUCUUUCUCCGUCAUCUUCUUCUCUAAAAAACACAGUUUUCCUGUUUCUGCAAGCCAAACAACCCCUUCUCCACCACCCAAAUCACCAUUAUCUCAGUCCAAUAUUACAAAGAAAAGGUUACCCUUUGUCUCUCUAUCCAAAUCGGACGAGAAAAUGGUGAAUUUCAUGAUGGAUAAAUAUAUUGUUCCCAGUUUUAUUGUUUCUCUGUUGGGGUUCCUUCUUCUUUAUAUUUUAAGACCAAGAACACCCAAUUAUUAUAAGAAGAAAGACAAUAAAUCUGGUGAGACCAACAAUGUAAUUACAAACAAAUGUAAAUCAGAGAAAGGGAGCGAUAAUACGGAUGUAAUUGUUGUUGGAGCUGGGGUUGCUGGUGCUGCUCUUGCUCAUACCCUUGGCAAGGAAGGGCGCAGAGUUCUCGUCAUUGAAAGGGAUUUGGCAGAGCCCAACCGGAUUGUCGGCGAGUUGCUACAGCCUGGGGGUUAUCUUAAAUUGAUUGAGUUGGGCCUUGAAGAUUGUGUUGAGGAUAUUGAUGCCCAGCGGGUGGUUGGAUAUGCUCUUUUCAAAGAUGGAAAGAGCACAAGCGUUUCUUAUCCCUUGGAAAAUUUCCAUUCGGAUGUGGCUGGGAGAAGCUUCCACAAUGGGCGUUUCAUACAAAAGAUGAGAGAAAAAGCAGCUACUCUUCCCAAUGUACGAUUGGAGCAAGGCACCGUAAUAUCCUUGAUUGAAGAAAAUGGAUCCAUCAAGGGUGUUCAGUACAAAACGAAGGCUGGUCAAGAACUUAAAGCACAUGCUCCUCUUACAGUAGUUUGUGAUGGGUGCUUUUCAAACUUGCGUCGCUCUCUUUGUGACCCUAAGGUUGAUAUUCCGUCUUGCUUUGUUGGUCUGGUAUUGGAAUUGGAGAAUGAUCGGCUUCCAUACCCAAACCAUGGGCAUGUUAUUCUGGCAGAUCCUUCUCCCAUCUUAUUUUAUCCUAUCAGUAGCACGGAAAUUCGCUGCUUGGUCGAUGUACCUGGUCAAAAGCUUCCUUCUCUUGCUAAUGGUGAUAUGGCAAAUUAUUUGAAGACUAUGGUGGCUCCCCAGGUCCCACCUGAGCUACAUGAUGCGUUUCUAUCUGCAAUUGAUAAGGGACAUAUUAGAACUAUGCCAAAUAGGAGCAUGCCAGCUGCUCCCUAUCCUACACCUGGAGCUCUGUUGCUAGGUGAUUCUUUCAACAUGCGCCAUCCUUUAACUGGUGGGGGAAUGACUGUUGCGCUUUCAGACAUUGCAGUGUUAAGGAAUCUCCUUAUGCCGUUGCAAGACCUGAAUGAUGCAGAUGAAUUAUGUAAAUAUCUGGAGUCCUUUUAUACUUUGCGCAAGCCAGUGGCUUCCACGAUAAAUACUUUGGCUGGAGCUCUGUAUAAAGUGUUCUGUGCUUCUCCUGAUCAAGCAAGGAGGGAAAUGCGAGAGGCAUGUUUUGACUAUUUGAGCCUUGGAGGCACAUGUUCAACAGGACCCGUAGCUCUACUCUCUGGUCUUAAUCCUAGCCCACUGAGCCUGGUGCUCCAUUUCUUUGCAGUGGCCAUUUAUGGAGUUGGUCGUUUAUUUGUACCUUUUCCUUCUCCAAAGAGGUUGUGGAUCGGAGCUAGAUUAAUUUCGUCUGCAUCAGGCAUCAUAUUUCCCAUCAUAAAGGCAGAAGGGAUCCGGCAAAUGUUCUUCCCAACAACAAUACCAGCAUAUCACAGAGCUCCUCCCGUAAACAAGGGAUCAGAUUAAGCAAAAAAUUUAUUCAAGUUUUGUUCCGUGAGUAGCAUUUACAUUUAUGAACUUCCUUUCUCAAAGCAAGAAAUGUAAGCUCCAAAUCCACCCCCGCCAACCCCCCCCAAAAAAGGGAAGAAUAAAGCAUAGGCAUAUCAUACCAAUUAAGGAACCUCAAGU